AAAAAGGGGGCAUAGGGGAUCUCAGAUUUCUCAGCACCUAUUCCUCCUUCCUCCUUGGCCAAGAAAAUUAAAGCUUGGGAUUUGCAAAGAAACUUCUCUCUCUCUCACUCUUUUUCUUUCUCUCAAAGAAAUUAAAAAGAGAAACUAGGAGAUGGGUAGCAGUUAUUUUGGAGAGCCAAACAUGGGAAGCGAUGGAAGAGGGGCAGGGUCUUCAAGAAAAGGGAAGAAGAACUCAGAUAAACCAAAGCAGCCACAGAGAGGGCUUGGUGUUGCUCAAUUAGAGAAGAUCAGAUUGCAUGGCCAAAUGGGUUGCAGCAGCUAUCAAUAUCCCUCACUUCAUUCUCCAUAUCCUACUAAUUUUAAUCAGGAAGACAUGAGAAUGCAGAGUACAGCUACUGCUUAUUCAUCUAUUUCGCCAUCUUCAUCUUUUUCCUAUUCAUCAUCCUCAUCAGCUUCCUCAACUUCUUAUGGAUUCCACCCCUGCAUGAUGAUGGGGGUAGGAGAAUAUGAAAGAGGAAGUAUCAGAUAUGGUGAUUCUCAAUCUGCUACUCCCGCAAGCUGGAACUCUGGCGGUAGCAUGUUAGAAGCUCAACAUUUUGGACAACCAAACAUGAUCACCAGACACUUCCUAAGCCGACAUGUUGAGGAUGCACAAACAAAGAAGAGCAAGAAACACCGGAGUGAUUCAAUGGGGUCAAGCAGUCAGAAUUCAGAAUCAAGUGAAACACAAGAACUAGAUUUGGAGCUUAGAUUGUCUCUUUAAAGAUCACAUUUUAUGCAUUGAUCUAAUUAAAAUUGUAAGUUCAACUGCAUAUGAUUUGAGGAAAGCAGAGAUGAACUUAAAAUGGCAUAGGGUAUCUUUCGGAAGUAAUUAAUGGUCGUCUUGUCA